GGUCCAACAGGGCAGAUACAACAAGCGAGCGAGCGAGCGAGCAGUGCGUGGGUGUUUUGGUUUUGCUGGCCCGCAUCCUCUGCGUCCGAAGGGUUACCUCGAGGUGCAACCGCCCUCGGUGUCGCACUUGCUGUGCUACCAUCCCCUUCUUUCUUUCUUUCUUUCUUUCUUUCUUUCUUUCUUUCUUUCGUUCUUUCUUUCUUUCGCCCCUCUCGCCAUCACACUUCCCUUUUUGUUUUUCUGUCCUGCUUGUGCUACAUUGUGCUUCACGCGCCAAUCAUGGAUUCCUCUGCGCGGUCUUCUUCAAUUGGAGAUCGCGGCAGCACAAGCGGCGACGCCGAGGAGAGCGUGCGCUUUCAGGACGCUGGCAAGCCGGUGUGGCUCGAUGACAGCAGCACGUGCAAGUGCGGCUAUCUGGUGAAGAAGGGCAAGGUCAACACGUUCAGCCACCGGAAGCGCUGGUUCGUCGCGCGUCUUGGAGGGAACGUCGAGUACUUCAAGGAUGAGAGUGCCACGCAGUCCAUGGGUGAAAUUCCACUGCUGAACGCCAACAUCCGGCCCGUGCUGGAGAAGCGGUCGCGCGGGUUUGGCUUUGAGAUUGUCACCGAGUCGCGUGUGUGGCAGCUCUACGCGUCAAGCGCAGAGGAGCGAACCAGCUGGCUGGAGUGGUUGAAGCGGGCACAGGCGCUCACGGAUUCAACUGUCUAUCUCCACCAGGCAGAGCCCGGGAAACUCCGCAUGAGCAUGAGCAAUGCAUUUCAUCGCAAGGACUCAACUUCCGCUGAUUCUCGGCAGCAGGACAGUUUCUCCGGUUCACCCGCUGCCAUUGAAGACCCUCUGGCCUCCUCUCCUUACUCCGUCUUUGCGCCGCGUCACGGCUCGUUUCUUGGGACAGAUCCCAACUCGCCUCACGCCCACCGCCAACACCGCAGCGCCACGGAGGUUGGGCCUUGCCUGCAGGCAAGAUAUGCCCAGCGGGCGCAGCACAGCACCCGCGACGGCAGCACUGGCGAUGCUGCCGAUGGCGGCGAUGAUAAUGGUGAUGGUGAUGAUGAUGGAAGUCAGUUUGCACAACGCUCACCGUUGGAUGAUGUGCUAGAGGAGGAGGAGGAGGAGGAAGAAGAAGAAGAAGAAGAAGAAGAAGAAGAAGAAGAAGAAGAAGAAGAAGAAGAAGAAGAAGAAGUAAGCAGUGAUGGGGAAGGGGACGAAGAGGAAGUCGACGACGAGGAGGAAGAGGAAGAUGGAAGGGGUGGAAGGAACCAAACAGAAGCAGGUGGUGUUAUCGAGGUUGUCCCAGCAUGUGACUCAACCGGUGUGGCCGCUGCACCCUCGAGCGAUCACGACGACAACGUCAGUGAAACUGGUGGUGGUGGUGGUGGUGAUGAUGAUGAUGGCAACGCCGAAGACGGCGCCGCUGGCGAUGAUGCGACCACGACCACGAGCACGAGCACGAGCAUGGCAGCAGCCGCAGCAGUUGUUGAUGCCAGUGCUGAUGACAACGACAACGACGAUGACUAUGAUGAUGAUGAUGAUGAUGAUGAUGAUGAUGAUGAUGAUGAUGAUGAUGAUGAUGAUGAUGAUGAUGAUGAUGAUGAUGAUGAUGAUGAUGAUGAUGUGUCUGAGCAGCCGCACGUGGUGGUGGAUGAGGAUGAAGACGUGGAUGAGAUACUGGCACGACUGGAAACAAGCUCAGAGGAGGAGGAAGAUGAAGAUGAAGAUGAGGAAGAAGAGGAAGAAGAAGAAGGGGUUGAGGAGGGGCACGAAGAACGGGAGGAGGAGGACGACGAUGCAAGGGAGCACGAUGAGCUUGCUGACAUGGUGCGUGGAAAGGUCGUGUGGCCACUGGAAGGGCGGGCAACGCGUGAUGGCGUGCUUACAGGCAACCUCGAUGGCAACGACACCGCCCCCGCAGCUGCGGACAUCAGGCAUGCCGGUGACGGUGACGGCGGUGUAAGGGCUGGAGUGUCAUCAGCCCAUGAUGGACAGCAGGCACCACAACAACAAGAACAACUACAACGACGACAACAACAACAACAAGGAGAAGAACAAGAACAAGAACAACAACAACAACAACAACAACAAGAACAAGAACAACAACAACAACAAGAACAAGAACAAGAUCAUGGGGACACGCCGCCUGUUCCACCCGCGCGCACACGCACAUGGAGCAUGCAGAGACGUGCAGGCGCAUCAGUCACCACGACACUGGCCUCACCUGCCACAGCAGUACCAAUCAUACACGCCACCACCACCACCACCACCACCACCAGCAGCAGAGAAGGUAGCAAGGACGACACCGGUGCUGGUGCUGGUGCUGACGAUGGUGAUGGUAAUGGUGACGGUUGCGAUGUUAGCGUUGCUGUUGAUGGUGUUGAUGGUGGUGUUGGUGUUUGUGUUGGUGGGUCGCGCGUGGCGAGCAAUGCGUCGUCGCUUGGUGUCGGCAUUAUUGGGCGGGGCGCUUCCCUCCGCCUCUCAUCGCGACUGCGGCCACACCGUGACAUGGAUGAUUACGGUGAUGAUGAUGACGAUGAUGAUGAUGACGAUGAUGAUGAUGACGAUGAUGAUGAGGAAGAUGCUGACGAGGAAGAUGAUGACGAGGAAGAAGAAGGGGAAGAAGAAGAAGAGGAAGGGGAGCAUGAAGCUGAUGGUGAAGGAAAAGUGGAAGCCGCCGCGAGAGUGGACGAAAGCGAUGUGGCGGGCCCGUCGGCCACAACGUUCAGCGCAAGUACGGCGCCUGCACCAGCCACACCCACAGGCGCUGCCGCUGCUGUCACAUCUGUCGGUGUGAGCACACAAGCUCAACAACAGCAACAACCUCAACAGCAACACAGCGGCGUGCAGGCAGUGGAGGCUGAGCAAGCGCACAGCAGUCACAUGGGUGAGGGCACUACCAGCAGCAGCAGCAGCAGCAAGAAGGAGACGAAGAAGGAGACAAAGACCAAGAGCAAGAAGAAGAAGACAAAGAAGAAGAGCAAGAAGAAGGAGAAGAAGAAGGAUAAGGAGGGGCGGGGCGGCAAGAAGGCGUCGCGGUUCAGUGCGCGGGGUUUGCUGGACAUCGCCGAUGCGCACUGGGCCGCGUUCCAGAGUCACAUGAAGCGGCAGAAGAAGUUUCAGCAGUCGUCCACACGCCGCUCGCGACAGGCCAAACACCAAUCUCGCCAACAGCAGCAGCAGCAGCAGCAGCAGCAGCAGCAGCAGCAGCAGCAGCAGCAGCAGCACGUCUCUCAACAACCCAUGCAGCCCACGCACCAUCCCAUGCAGCAGCAAGUACAUGGUACAGCCGACCAACCGCCGCAGCACGAGCACGAGCACGAGCACUUGCAUCAGCAGCAACAACAGCUACAACAGCAACACGAACAGCUACAACAGCAGCUUGUUGGUGAUGACGCCCGACGGCUGAAGAAGGAGGCAAAGGAGCGAAAGAAGAGGGAGAAGAAAGAGAAGGAGAGGGCGAAGAAAGAGAAGAAGAAGCAGGAAAAGAAGGACAAGAAGGCAAAGAGGGAGCAGGAGAAGAAGGAGAAGAAGGACAAGAAGAAGGACAAGAAGAAGUUGAGGUUGAGGAGCACAUCAUCGUCAACUGAUCACGAUGCACCAUUAUCGCCAGCAACCCCCGCCGCCAUGUCCCCCACGUCGCUGUCAUCAUCGUCCUUACGCGCCGCCAAGCAGCCGCUGGCGAGCCAGCGUUACCUCCACGCACGCCUCCAGGAGCAACACCAGCAGCAGCAGCAACAGCAGCAGCAGCAGCAACACCACCACCACCAGCAGCAGCAGCAGCACGGCAGCGGUGCUUCGGCCACCUCUCCAGUGCCCCCACCACGACAGCGACACUUUGCCAAACCAGCAGCCAAUGGCGGUGGUCAUGACGGCGACGAUGGGCACGAUAAUGGUGGUGAUGAUGAUGAUGGUGCAGUGGCGUCGUCCCAGUCCCAAUCCAGCCACCUGUUUGUGUCCCGGUUCUUCAGCUUGUACGAUGAGGAGCAGUGUUGAUGCGAGUGGUGGCGCAUAGACUUGCUAAGCUGCCGACUUACAUGCGGCAACUCGCUUUGUUGCUGACUUGGCUUCCUUUGCUCUUGCUGCUUGCAUGACUUGCAUGAUACAUUGUCAUGUCAUGUGUGAUGUCGACCACAUGCAUACGUGCAUGCUGUAUGCGUGCUUCACUUUCAUUACGUUGUGCGAUUUUUGUUACAUUACCACCGUUGCACACUUCAAACGCACCCUGACGGCAACAGCCGCAUACUAAACGAAAUGACG